UUCAUUCAUUCAUCUUUGUUAUCCUAUCAUUCAACCUAUGAGUUUCACACGAUCUGCAGUUGUACCCAAAUUACAAGCUUAUUACUGAAUCCAUCGAGUUGUCUCUGAAACCCGGUCUGUGUGCUGUUCACGAUUUUGCGUGUAGAUCGAUUUCCAGAUUUAUGUAUGGAGAACCCCUCAUUCUAUUCUACAAAGGGUGAGGUCUUGCAUGGAAUUAAUUCUUCUUGAUAAGCAGGGGACAAAGAUACAAGCUUCGGUUUGUAAGUUUCAUAGAUUAAGGUUGGAAAUCUUGCCUGGAUUUGUUUACAAGAUUUCCAAGUUUAAUGUUAUUCCAAAUGAUUAUGGUCUCCGUUUCACCAAUCACAACUACAAACUUAUAUUCGGUUCAUCGACGAAUAUUGUCCGAUUUGAUGAUACAACAAUUCCUCGCGAGUGUUGGUCUUUCUAUGAUACUCUUAACAUACAAAGACGUGGGGCGACCUUCUCAUUCCUGAUUGAUUUUAUUGGUUUGUUAACUGCUGUGUCACGUGUGAGACGUUUGGUUAUUGGAGGAAGGAAUAAGAAGAUGAUAGUUAUUGAACUUGUAGACCCUGUUGGCAAGAUUCGUUGUGUAUUACUUGGCGAAGUUGUUGAUCGAUUGAUGUUGCAUUUAUGCUCUAACUGGACUAAGAGACCAAUUUUGCUCCUCCAGUUUGUAAAAGUUAGAAGCUUUGCAGAUCAAAUGAUUAUUCAAAUGGUACCUCACUCCUCCCAACUCCACAUCAAUCUUGAGGCUGUUUCCAUCUUUACCAGAAGGUUGUUUUCGCAAUCUAUCCAAAUUAAUGAGCAUGUUGGAUUCAUUCCUUAUCAAAAGUUGGAAAUGAACAUGAAGGAUGAAAUGAUGAAUUUGUAUCCCAAAAAAACACUCACUCAGCUGUUGGUUGAAGAACAGACUGGUGUGUGCGUUACCUAUGGUGGUAUUGUUGGGCUUAUUAGAGAUGAACCAUGGACCUAUCCAUCGUGUAUUUGUCAUGAUGAGCUGAUUGUUCGUACCGGUGUGUAUGAAUGUGUGAGGUGUGAUCGGUUUUUUUAUCAGAUGAUACGCAGGUAUCGUUUGAAGAUUGAAGUUUUUGAUGGAUACCAAAGUGCUGUAUUUGUUUUAAGUGACCGAGAGGUCAAGGAGGUGAUGAAGAAGUCCUUCGAGAAAUUUGUCAUUCCCUUUGAAGCUCAAUUGGAUGUUGAAUUUCCUUUGGAGGUUGAGGAAAACGUUAUUGGCAAGAAAAUGUUAUUCAAGGUUGAAAGAAUUGCGGGUUUAACAUAUAAUGGAACCCCUUGCUAUGAAGUUAUAAGAGUUUGUUCUGAUUUGGAACUUAUCGAAAUGUUUCGUUCUGGAUUAGCAGUUACCACACCACUGCAGGGCUCACUUGAUGAUGCAAAUUUGAGUGAACAAUUUUUGCAAGCUGGAGAAAGUAUCAAUGGUUCUUGUGAUGAAAGAAUUAUGAAGAGGAAGUUAGUGGGAGCAGCUGAAAAUGUGUGUCUCGAUGUGGGGUUCAAGUUAAAUCAGAAUGAAAGUGAGGUGAUGGAAAACCAUGAAAAAGGAAUGUUAGGUGAAAUUCAGCGCAUGAAAGCACUUAAAAUCUAUGAUGGUGAUCAGUGCAAUGUUGGAGAGGAAAUGUUAGAUGAGAUUAAUCGUCUAAAAGUAAUUAAAAUCUCUGACGAGGUGAAUGCUAUUUCUGAGGUUGAGGAUCAGACUUUUGAGUUGCCUAUUCAUUAGCGUCUGUUUCAUGGAAAGUAUGAAGAUAUGGAGAUUUGGUUGAAUUUGGUCAAGUGGAUUUUAGUUUUCAUUAGCCUAGAUCAAAGGUCAAAGCUAACAAGAGAACCCGAGAAGUUGUUAGUACAAGUGCAGAUGGAGGUUGGUUUAAAUGCAGUGCCAGUAGGAAGAAGUUUUAUAUAUUGAAAGAGAGUAUCAAAUUUCAUCCAGAAAAAAGGGUGGUCUUGGUGAAUGACCCAACUGAAGUUUUCUUGGAGGAACUCAUGAAUAGAAAGUGGAUGAAGGUUGCCCAGCCACCGAAACAAUUCAAUCCAGAAAUAGUGCAGCAAUUCUAUGCCAAUGCCACAUACAAUGAAGAAGCAAAAGCAAACAGAUGGACAUGGGUGAAUAAUGUUCGAGUAGGAUAUGACAAGAAAACUAUCGAUAGCUAUCUUGGGAACCCAUGGAAGUCAGCCCACUGUAGUUCUGAUGAUGAUUUUACCCUCUCUUAUUACUGCCUUGUGCUUUUUUCUUGAUGUGCCGAUUCUAUCUGGGUAUACAGAAGCAAUAAUAGGUGUAAUUGAUGAAAGUUAUAUCAAUGUCUUUUGCAAGGAAAAACAAGUGGAUGUUAUUAUUCAAGAACUUGCUGAGAAGCGGAAAUCAAAAUAUACUCCUCAAACUCAAGAGCAACCUGUUGGUAACCAGGCUUCCCAAUUAGAGCUUCUUAUUGCCUCCGUGCAGCGCUUAGAAACAACAAUUGGGGAUAUGAGGUUGGAAAACAGAGCUCAAUAUCAUGCGUGCUAUCAAGCACAUGUUGAGUUGUAUAGGCAUGCAAGGGACUCUUAUUACUCACCUCAGCCUCAAUCAUACUAUUGGCCCACAGUUGAGGAGUAUGUUGCUCAGGUACCGUGGCUUGGGGCUGGGCCAUAUUCGGUGGGAGGGGAGGGACAACAGGAUGGGCUUGGAAAUGAAGGAGGGGAUGUUCCAAUGGAUUGAGAAGGACUCACGAAAGUUGAGUGAUAUUUUACUAGAAUGUGACUUAAUUUUUGUACUUUGGUUAUGUUUUUAGUAGUUUGUUAUAUUGUUGGUACUUUGCUUUAUAUUUGUUAUGCUUUAUGUUUCGUGAGAACCACUGACCAGUUAUUGCUAAUCAUUCUCAAUUGAUUCUUGGCA